CACAGAACUAAAAGCUUUCUUCAGCCUGAAUUUUUAAGGAGUGCGUGUGGGAGCUAAGUAAGCUGAUUUAUGAUAACUGCUUUAAACACUGGCAAUUAAGAAGACGUGAGAACUAGGAGACGCUGACAAUUCAAUAUGAAGGACAACUUCAGUUUUGCUGCUAUCAGCAAAAACAUCACCAGCAGCCUCCCUUUUGAUAGUCUCAACAUAUCUGGCACCAAUGAGUCCACCUUUAACUGCUCGCACAAGCCAUCAGAUAAGCAUUUGGAAGCAAUUCCUGUUCUCUACUACAUCGUUUUUGUCAUUGGGUUUGCUGUUAAUAUUGUUGUGGUCUCGCUGUUUUGUUGUCAAAAGGGCCCUAAAAAGGUUUCCAGCAUUUACAUUUUCAAUCUGGCUGUGGCUGAUUUACUCCUUUUGGCCACCCUUCCUCUCUGGGCAUCUUAUUACUCUUACAGAUACGACUGGCUCUUUGGACCUGUGAUGUGCAAAGUGUUUGGUUCUUUUCUGACCCUGAACAUGUUUGCCAGCAUUUUUUUCAUUACCUGCAUGAGUGUUGAUAGGUACCAAUCGGUUAUCUAUCCCUUUCUGUCUCAAAGAAGGAAUCCCUGGCAAGCAUCUUAUGGAGUGCCCCUUGUCUGGUGUAUGGCCUGUCUGUCCUCACUGCCAACAUUUUAUUUCCGAGAUGUUAGAACCAUUGAAUAUUUAGGCGUGAAUGCUUGUAUUAUGGCUUUCCCACCUGAGAAAUAUGCCCAGUGGUCUGCUGGGAUUGCCUUAAUGAAAACUAUUCUUGGUUUUAUUAUUCCUUUAAUAUUCAUAGCAACGUGUUACUUUGGAAUCAGAAAACACCUGCUGAAGACCAAUAGUUAUGGAAAGAACAGAAUAACCCGUGACCAAGUCUUGAAGAUGGCAGCUGCUGUUGUGUUGGCGUUCAUCAUUUGCUGGCUUCCCUUCCAUGUUCUGACCUUCCUGGAUGCUCUGGCCUGGAUGGGUAUCAUUAAUAACUGUGGAGUCAUAGCAGUCAUUGACCUGGCACUUCCUUUUGCCAUCCUCCUGGGAUUCACCAACAGCUGUGUGAAUCCCUUUCUGUACUGCUUUGUUGGAAACCGCUUCCAACAGAAGCUGCGCAGUGUGUUCAGGGUUCCGAUUACUUGGAUCCAAGGCAAGAGAGAGACGAUGUCGUGCAGAAAAAGUAGUUCUCUUAGAGAAAUGGACACCUUUGUGUCUUAA